AUGCCUGCUAUUAGGCCAAGGGAUGGCCUACGUGACUUUGUUCAUGGACCUUCAAGGAUCAAGAAGCUUCGACAAGAAGUUGGCUUAAUUGAAAUACAAUUGGAACAUGAUUUGAAUUCCGGGUCAUGUAAUUACAAAUCUUACACACCUGACGAGUCCACACCUGGCAAGUACACACCUGACAAGUCCACACCUGGCAAGUCCACACCUGGCAAGUACACACCUGGCAAGUACACACCUGACAAGUCCACACCUGGCAAGUACACACCUGGCAAGUACACACCUGACAAGUCCACACCUGGCAAGUACACACCUGACAAGUCCACACCUGGCAAUUACACACCUGGCAAGUACACACCUGACAAGUCCACACCUGGCAAGUACACACCUGACAAGUCCACACCUGGCAAGUACACACCUGACAAGUCCACACCUGACAAGUCCACACCUGGCAAGUACACACCUGACAAGUCCACACCUGGCAAGUACACACCUGACAAGUCCACACCUGGCAAGUACACACCUGACAAGUACACACCUGACAAGUACACACCUGACAAGUCCACACCUGGCAAGUACACACCUGACAAGUCCACACCUGACAAGUCCACACCUGGCAAGUACACACCUGACAAGUCCACACCUGACAAGUCCACACCUGGCAAGUACACACCUGACAAGUCCACACCUGGCAAGUCCACACCUGGCAAGUACACACCUGACAAGUCCACACCUGACAAGUACACACCUGGCAAGUACACACCUGACAAGUCCACACCUGGCAAUUACACACCUGGCAAGUACACACCUGACAAGUCCACACCUGACAAGUACACACCUGACAAGUCCACACCUGGCAAGUACACACCUGACAAGUCCACACCUGACAAGUCCACACCUGGCAAGUACACACCUGACAAGUCCACACCUGGCAAGUCCACACCUGACAAGUCCACACCUGGCAAGUACACACCUGACAAGUCCACACCUGGCAAGUACACACCUGGCAAGUACACACCUGACAAGUACACACCUGGCAAGUCCACACCUGGCAAGUACACACCUGACAAGUCCACACCUGGCAAGUACACACCUGACAAGUACACACCUGACAAGUCCACACCUGGCAAGUACACACCUGACAAGUCCACACCUGGCAAGUACACACCUGACAAGUCCACACCUGGCCAACACGGUCAUUUUAAACCUUAUCCUACUAAGUUACCCCUGGAACACAACCCGCAGUUGAUUAGCAACCAGGUGCCCUAUUACAACUGGGUGAACAGUAGUUUUACUGUUGCAAUUGUCAAUUGUAAGAGUAGUGAUUUAAUGUUGAGAAGGACGCGCCGUAGUUGCCAGAUGAGUGCUUGCUUGCCAGGCGUGGUGCGAGGUGUUACUGGUUGUUUUGCUUCAUUGCUGUCCAAGCUGGCCAAGCUGGCCAAGCUGUCCAAGCUGUCCAAGCUGGCCGAGCUGGACAAGCUGGCCGAGCUGGACAAGCUGGCCGAGCUGGCCGAGCCCCGGCCACAAAAAUCAACGUUUCAAAUUUUUAUUUCCGAUGCUUGCUUUUUUUCCCCUUUUCAGGGAAAAGGAAACAAAAGUGCAGUAGAAUCACUGACCAAAGGAUUUACCUUCCACAAAAGGACUACUUAA